AUGAAUCCGAUUCAAAAGCAAGGACGAUAUUUAUCUUAUUCACCAUCAAAAUCACAUAUUCAAGGAGGUAAUAUGUUAGGAGGAAGUGUGAGUGGUAGUGAAACAGAUAUAUCAACUUCUAAUGAAAAUUUAAGUCAUGAAGAACGAUACGUGAUUCGACAUACUCCUCGUCAAGAACCUCAGGGACAAGAGAAUAUGUCAUACAACACUCUAAUUAUUCAUGAAGACUCGUGGAAUUCGAGGACACAUGAAAGACCUCCUCCGGUUUAUAGUAGUCAUAUACAAGGAGAUAGAGAUACAGGUGUCCGAGAGAUUACUGACAUUCCUGACGAUUAUCUUCGGCAAUCUCAGGUCUUAAAGCAUCUUGCUAAUGAGGUGAAGCGUGGAGGUGAAAGUUCUGGUGGAGAAAGUGGAGGGAGCAAGAAGCAAAUGGUAACUGGGUCUCGAUCUAUUGGUUGUGGAAAUAGAAGAAUGCGAUCUAAACUUAGCAAGAGUCAACCAGACCUCACUGCUGCUGAUCGAGAGAACACUAUUCUUCGGCACACUUUAGGCAAUACUAGAAAAGAUCAGCAGAGAUGUGCUCAAAUGGUCGAUCAUCUUAUGCAGGAGAAUAAUAGCCUCAAAGCUGAACUGGAGGCUUGCUAUCACAGGGUUGCAAAAGCACACAAACUAGAAGAAGAGGUAUCUAAAGUAACCAGAGCCCAUGAAGAACUAGUUGCUACCUGUGAUCGCCGUGAACGGUUGGAAUCAGCACGAAUAUCGAGGCUUCAGGCCGAAGUUAGGAGACUGCAAGAGGCCAAUCAACGAUUGCUCGGGCAGCAGUUGACAUCACCUGAUCUGAGCAGAGUUCAGCUGGCUAAGAGAGAAGCAUUGAUUGCGCAAUUAGUUACACAAAAUAAAGAAUUAGUCGCAACAAAGGAAAGACAAGAAAUUGAACUAGCCGCUCAGAGAGCAACACUCCAGGAGCAAAGGACUCAUAUUGACAUCCUCGACACUGCUCUAAUCAAUGCCCAAGCAAAUGUUGUCAGGCUUGAAGAAGAGUGCCGUCAGAAACAAGUUCAUGUGGAACGAGUAGCUCAGUUACAACGAGCCUUAUCUUCCCUCCAAUUAGCCUCCGAUCGUAGAGAACAAACUGAAAGAAAAUUACGACUUCAGUUGGAGCAAGAACUACAAAACGAACGUGCGAAACACACUAAUAAUCUAGAAUCUCAUGGAGAAGGAGAAAAUUUGGCUGAAUUAAAGCGACAAUUAAGGGAAAAAGAUGAAAAAAUUAUGAGGCUUGAAGGCGAAACAGCUAAAUGGGAACAGAAGUACCUAGAAGAGAGUCAAUUACGACAGGCGGCAAUCGAUGCAGCAAGUAUACCCAAGGAUGCUAAAAUUGCUGCUCUUGAAAGGACCAGUCAAGAAACUGAAAAGCUUAUUGCAGAAGCUCGGUCUGAUAGAAUUAGACAGAUGGAUGAAGUGCAUGCUGCACAAAAGAAAGUUACUGACUUAGAAGCAAAGGUCAAAGAACUAGAGUGCAAGCUUGCUGAGAGGGAUGCCAUGAUCCGAGUUCUGCAAAAAAAGCACACAUUAGACAAAGAGGUCUCCAGCUCGUAUCCUUCCAUUUCGCUCGAUCCAAGCCUAAACACUGACCUCAAUGUCUUAGCAACGGACAAUUUGGGUGGUGUAUCGACUACCAGUGUCUUUUCGACUGUGUCCAGUGCACUCACGAGUUCAACAGGUUUUGGAUCUGGUGCUUCCUACACUGGAAGUGUAGAUUCAUACCAUCACAAAUAUUCAACACCCACUGAAAGUUUUCAUCAUAAAUCACUAGAUGAUCAACUUAAAGAAUUGGACUCUCAACUCAUGAGCAAGAGAGGACUGUGCUGUUUUCCAGGAUUCACUCAUCCAAGCUCUCAGGCGAGAAAAGGAAAGAUACCCCAGCCACUAUUGGCGGGUGUGAGCAGUGGAGGUUCAGGGUGGGGAGAGGAAAUGGUAUUGUUGGAGAAGCAGGGGUUGUGUUCGCAAGCGACCCGUCAGCCCCCAGAGAGAUCUGCUUCUCUCCCUCCUUCAUCCUUGCCGAGGCCAAAGAGAAGCCCUGGCAAAAAACUCGGAGAAUAUGGGCGUUUGAGUGAUUCUAAGGAGCCAAAGGGGGAAUCGUCCCCUGUCCGGAUCAUACCCCUUGGUAGGAAGGUUGGUGAGUAUGGAAGACUAUCAGAUUCAGAGUCACGAAAGACAUCUGAUUCGGACAAGUUGAGGGAGUCGCCUGGAAGAUCAUUACUUCCUCCUCGUAGCUAUUCUCGCCUCGAUUCCGAACCUGAGCCUAAAAAGCAGGAAAAAGAAAGGUCAGUAAGUCGAUCACCUGUUACUAAGGCUUCCGAGACUGAAAUCAGAAUGUCCCCUGUUCAAAAAUAUAACCGGUUCUUCGAUAAACCAACAACUUCAGAAGGAAACGGCGAGUUCCAGCAGAAGAGGAGCUUUCUACCACCACCCAGGAAGAUCUCAGACUAUGGGUGUUUCGAAGAGCAGGCAAAGCAAGAGCCAAAGCUAAGACGUGGGUCACUCCACAGGGAACAACAAGGCUCCCAGCAGGCACCUAAGACAGCUGUUAGGUCUUUGCCGAGUCCUAACAAAUACAGGAUACAGUUCUAG